GUAACAUUGUUGUUGAUGAUACCUUUGUGAAAGAAAGCUGGAAGAUGAGAGUUAAUUUAAUUUACGUUGGAAUCGGAUACGUCCUUGUAUACUAGUUUAUGUGUUAGAAGUUUAUAAUGUAGUGUAAAGGUUUCGGCCAUGGAAUUUAAUACAUAACACCAACCUAUCCGUGUUUUAUAUUGCUGGACUUUGAACCUUAGCCUGGAUACAGAAUAUUAUCAAAGAUGUCAAGAAGGGAGAAGAAAAAGAAGUAUGAUGCAGAAAUCAGGGAAUUAGAAGAACAGUUGCGUGCAGAAGGAAAUGAAGAUGUGUUUUUGGAAAGUGAAAUAUUUGGACAUUAUGAUGAUCUUGAUGCAGAUUUUUUUGAUAUUGAGAUGGAAGCUGGUGGUAGCAAACAAGAUGGGUUAAAGAGAAAACCUGAUCCCAAGAGAAUUCGGCUUCCACGAGGAAGAGGUCGUGGCUUUAUAAGAGGGAGAGGCAGGGGAUUUCGCCGUCCUUUCAGAGGUGGUUUUAUGGCUUCAUCGAGAGCUCAAGAAGCCCAAUCAUCUAGAAAAACCGACCUUUAUAACGAUGAUGAAGAAGAUUGGUCACGUUAUGUUUCCUCCUCUCUAAAAAAGGGUGAAAAACCAAAUGAAGAACUCCGUAAGGGAAGAAAUUCUUCAAGAGAAAAUAAAACUGCACCAGAAGAAAAAGAUAUGUUUUUCUUCCCGACAGAAAGUUCUGAUAAGAAAUCUGCUCUGAGUAAUGAAAAACAAUCAACAUCUACUGGGGGGAAAGAAAAUGUAUUAGACCCCAAAGAAAAACCCCCUUCUGAUGUAAUGAGCAUUUUUCAAGAACUUCAAGCUAAGUUGUCAUCUGCAGGAUCAAAUAUUCCUGGUAUUGACAUACUUUCAGAGACCUUGAAGAAACUUGAAAAACUAAAUGAACCCAAAAGUGUAACACCUCCUGCUGUUAAAACUGAUGAGUCGUUGUCAUCAUCAACAUCCAAACCUAACACACUUGAAAAAAGACUGAGCUUUUCUUUUGCAAAAUCAUCUAGGAUUCUCACGAGUAAUGCCGAAUUUAUUGAAAGUACUGACAAAAAAAAUUUUGUAGAAGAAAAUGCAAAACAUUUACAAAGUGCUCCUGAAAAAAGCGAGAAGUCAAGAGAAAAAACCUCUCCAUUACGGAAAGUACUUUAUAAACCUCCUCAAGGUAAUGAAAAAAGAGCAGAAUCUCCAAAAAGAGAUGAGAAAACAAAAGACUCACAAAGAAGAGAUGAGAAAAGAAAAGACUCACCAAGAAGAGAUGACAAAAGAAAAGACUCUCCCAGUCAUAGGAAAAGUUCACCGUCAUCAGACAGAAGAAGACACUCCCCUUCAAAACGAGGCAGAUCACCUUCACCCAGAAAGAGAUCACCUUCACCCAGAAAGAGAUCAUCUUCACCCAGAAAGAGAUCAUCUUCACCCAGAAAGAGAUCACCUUCACCUUACUCCCGAAAAAGACAUGAUUCAAGCUCACCACACCGGCGAAGACGCAGGUCUGGCUCCCGUUCUCCCCAUCAUCGGCAUGAAUCUGACAGGUAUUACAAGCGGAGACGAAGCAGAAGCCGAAGCAGGAGUCGUUCCCCUCGGAGAGGUUAUAGGAGGUCCAGCAGAUCACCUCACAGAAGAUACGGCUCUCCACACAGAGGGUAUGGCAGAAGAAGAGGAAGGUCUCAAACUCCAAUAUCAUUGUCUCCAUCACCCGGACGACAACCUGGUGAAAAUGAAUGGAUGAGAUCUCAAUCUCAAGUUGAUCCUCUAGCUCAAGCUCAGCCUGGACCUCCUGGUGGAGAUACAUCGGAUGUGUACGCAGAAAAUAACUACCAGAUACCAGUGACUAUGCCGCCCCAAGAGAUGAUGCCCCCCCAAGAGAUGAUGCCGCCCCGUGAGAGGAUGCCCCCCCAAGAGAGGAUGCCGCCCCGUGAGAUGAUGCCGCCCCAGUUUGACCGAAGUCGCCCCCCGGGAUUUCCAUUUUCUGGUCCCCCGCCCUCACAGUUUCCUCCUCAACCCUACUAUCCUCCAAUGAUGCAUCCACCCCCUGGACCCGGGGCUAUACCCAUCAUACACAAUUCAAUCCCCUUGAAACUACCUCGGCCAUCUUUGCCCGAAGUACCAGCACAAUCCAAUGUGAUUUCACUUGUUGAACCUCACAUGCCUUCAGCACAUAACAACCCCUCUAGUGGUCCAGGUUGGAAUGAAGGACCACCGAGUUACACAGAGGCGACACAUACUCAGCCUCAUCCUAAUGUUCAACAGAAUUUCCCUACAAGAAAAGAAAUGGAAGAAUCCAAGAAGAAAGCUGUGGAGAACGAGAUGAAACAACAUAAACUGAUGUUGAUGAAACAAAGGAAAGAAUAUAUCGGAAAACAAAAUGUCCUAAAGGCGGAUUUGGAGAAGUUGAUGAAACAGAAACGAGAGCUUUUAGCGGAGAAACGGACGGACAAUGAACCAAUCAUACAGAAAAAUAGCGAACUGCAGGGGGAACUACAGAGCAAGCUCAAAGCGGUUGCGAAUGUGAUAGACAUGUUGACAGGAAUAAUCGGGGAAGAAGUUAUCGAAGACAUUUCAACUCCUUCACCAAAGCGGUCAGCCUCGCCUAGUGUGGAGCGUAUAGGGACAUUACCAGCACAACCAACACGCAAGGAGAAGGUUAAUCUUAGGCCUGGACGGCAAACUGAAAAUGUCACUUGUGUAAUAGCUCUUGACUCACCGCCGAGAUCUACUUGGCAGACCAAUCCUCCGCCAGUGAACGACCAACCUCCCGGGGAACAGAUGCCGGAGAUUCCAUCAUGGUGGCUGAAGCCUCAGGAGUCCAGACCUCAUGAACAGCAGAAUAAGUUAAUGUCAAUACCAGGGCUGGGUAUGGACGACUCACUCAUCCCUGAGCCAGAGUUCAAGAGGUUUAGGCAAGAGCCACCUUUGAAACCUGCUGAACCGAUAAAGGAGAAAGUUGAACCACUCAAGAUGGAACCUCCUGCCUUUCAUCCACCGCUGGAGCUUCCGAAGUUGGAUAUACCGAUACUUGUAAAACCGAGAUUACCUAUUCAGGACAUGAAAGUUCAAAGUCCGAUAAGUCCUAAGGUUGGAAGACCAAUGACUCCUCCUCCUCCACCAGCAGUUGUAAAAACAGAGACUGCAACUGAAAUAAAGGAGGAGGAAAAGUUCAAUAUUAUCCAUUUUGAUCCGGAACUUCACUGGUGCAGAGUGUGCAAUGUUUUUCCUCGCACAGCCAAGGAGUUUUUGAACCACUUGCACGCUCCUGAACAUAAACAGUACCUUGCCGAUCGGAAACUGGUGGAUCUGCCUUGGCACAACAAGCAAGUCGAAGAGAAAACCUCUGUGCCUAAAGAUGCUCCUACGAAGAGAGUUCCAAUCAAAGGGCUCCAGUUCUUUGUAUCUGCCACGGCCUGGUAUUGCAAGCUCUGUGAUACAUGGAUUGGAGAUCUUCAUUGUGCAUCUGUACAUCUCAAGUCACCUCUUCACUCUCAAAAAUUUGCUGAAUUCACUGAACGGAAUCCUCACUGGGAAAACGAUUGGCUGGCCAAAAGGGCCCGUGCUCAUGAACAAUGGGCUGAAGACAGGAGUCGGAUAGAGGCAAAUAGGGAGUUGAUAAAUAAACAGUUGACUAGUGAAACUUCCAAUUCUCCUUCACAACAUGGUCAACAGAGUAGUGAUCCACUGAAAACUUCUUUAAAGUCAGACAAGUCUAAAUUAGUGAAAACUGCAAGUGAGCAGUUAAUGUCUGCGUUAAAAGACGAAAAGAGCCACUCGAAAGAGGCAAUCAAUAAGAGGAAGAAAAGAAGCAAGUCAAGUUCAUCUAGUUCCAGCUCAAGUUCAAGCUCGUCUAGUAGUACGUCAUCAGAAAAAAAUGAAAAAUCAGAUCAACAAAGAAUUAGAAAGCAAAAUAAUAGAGAGCGAAACAGAAGUAAAGAAAUUGAAAAAAGUACUAGAGUGGGUGUAAAAAAUAAGGAAAGAGAUGUUGAACCAAAGUCAGAUAAAAUAACUGAAGUACCAAAGGUAAAAAGCAAAUGGGAUUCACCUGAAAAAGAAUCGGCGAAGAACAUUGGAGGAACAAGUUCAUCGGCUGAUGAUAAAAUGCUUAGAGAAUGGAUGGAAGUCAGCAAACUUAACCCAGAUCAAGAAAUUUUGAAUCAGUUGUCAGAUAGAUUGAAACUCAAACAGCAAAUUGAUAAAUCUAUUGAAAAAUUAAAAGAGCUUGAAAGGCAAAAAUCAUUACGUGAACAAAGACUGAAAAAUCGACAUGAAAGUAGAAGAAGAACUGUUGGUAGUCUUGAAAGGAAAAAACCAGACAGAUUUAAUAAAAAUCAGGGCACUUUACACAGGUAUGAUAAGAAAAAUGUUAAAUCUGAAAGAGAAUACAGUAAAAGCAAGCAAACUUCUAAUAAGCGAAACACUAAAACACCAGAAAGAGACAGUAAAAAAGAUUCUAAGGAUUCUAAAGCCAAACACGAGGUUAGUAAGCAAAAACUUGACAGUCUGAAGUCCAAAUCAGAUUCUACUAAAACAAAAAUUGAUGAAAGUAAGUUGAGUGAGGAAAUUGAUGAGAAAUCCAAAGAAGAACCUAAAUUAUCUAAAACUAAAGCGGAUAAACCCCGCAAAGGAAUGUGGGUUCCAUCUAAAGGAAUUUUCGGUGAGGAUGAAGACAGUUCUGAUAGCGAAGAAGAAAAAUCUGAUAAGCCUGUUGUUCCCAAUUUUCAAAAGAAAGAGAAAAAAGUGAUCUCUAUCAAUGUCUCCAAAACAAAACUUCCUUUUAUAGGAAAGAUGCCUUUCAUGUCUAAAAUAGGUCCCACUAAAAAGCCAGAUGAUAUUUACUCUGAUAUUGACAGUAAAGAUGUAAAACCAAACACAGAAGAAUCACAAAAUAAUGCUGGCAUUGAUGAAAAGAUAUCUGAACAAAAUAUUUGUAGUCAGGCUCCUAAAAAUGAUUUAAUUAUCUCAGCUUCACCCAAAACAAAUGAAGAUACUUCAAAGUUAUCUUCAACCCCUAUGGUGUCCAAAGUUAAUAUCAAGGAAAUUCAAAAUAAUUCUGUUUCCUUAAGCUCAGAAGUUCAAGAUAAAAGUAAACCAUCUGAACUAAACAAAGAAUCUAUUGUGCCAAAAUCAACACUGAUGUUGUCUAAAACUCCCUCGCUGUCACAGAGAAUAGCAGAAGCUCAGAGUAAAGCCAGAAAAAUGAUUGAAGCAGCAACAAUUAAAGCAAAAACUGAGCAACAGACUGAUGGUCCUGUCGAUAUGGAAAUCGACGAUGAUGACAAACCAGAAGAAUCUCUGCCAGAAGAGUUUCAGCAAACAUUGCAGUUACUAUUUCCCACUGAGAAACCAGGAUCACACAUAAUAGAGGAAGUUAAUGAAAUAACUCAAUCCGAAAACAAUGAUCAUUUACAAAAAGGAGAUGCUAUUCAAACUAACGUAAGUGACAAGUUGGCAACAAUUAAUGAAAUUCAACUUCCCAGUACAACACAAGUUGGCCUUUCAGUUCAAAAUAUUAUGUUGCCUGCCGACACAAACCAUGAUCAAACUUCCAAAAUGGGCCCUGACAUAGGAACAGGUUCAGUGCAUCAUCCUCAAAUUGGAAAUAGUGAAAGGCAAAUGGGUCCAGGCCCAAUAAACUCAGCGUCUAUAGGUGCUGGACAAAUGGAUAAUAGAGUUAUUGGCCCAGGUCAGAUUGAUAAUAGAAUAAUGGGUCCUAACCCAAUGAAUGAUAGAAUGAUGGGUCCUAAUCCAAUAAAUAUUGGGCCAAUGGGUCCUGGUCCAAUGAAUAAUAGACAAAUGGGCCCAAGCCCAAUGGAUGGUAGGCAAAUGGGUCCUGGUCCAAUGGGAAACAUACCAACAGGUCCUGGUCUAAUGGACAAUAGACAAAUGGGACCAGGCUCAAUGAUUUCUGGCCCAAUGGGUAAUAGACAAAUGGGUCCUGGACCAAUGGAAAACAGACAGAUGGGUCAUGGACCAAUGGGACCAGGGCAAAUGGGUCCAGGACCAAUGGGACAACGGCAAAUGGGUCCAGGACCAAUGGGACCACGUCAAAUGGGUCCAGGACCAAUGGGACCACGGCAAAUGGGUCCAGGACCAAUGGGGCCUGGCCCAAUGGAGAAUAGGCAGAUGGGUCCAGGGCCAAUGGAGGGUAGGCAAAUGGGUCCAGGUCCGAUGGGGCCUGGACCGAUGGAUAACAGGCAAAUGGGUCAAGGGCCAAUGGGACCAGGGCAGAUGGAUCAAGGUCCAAUGGGACCAGGGCAAAUGGGUCCAAGACCAAUGGGGCCUGGACCAAUGGAUAAUAGACAGAUGGGUCAAGGCCCAAUGGGACCAGGUCCAAUGGGGCCUGGACCAAUGGAUAACCGGCAGAUGGGUCCAGGGCCAAUGGAUAACAGGCAGAUGGGUCCAGGGCCAAUGGAUAACAGGCAGAUGGGUCCAGGGCCAAUGGAGGGUAGACAAAUGGGUCCAGGUCCGAUGGGGCCUGGACCAAUGGAUAACAGGCAAAUGGGUCAAGGUCCAAUAGGACCAGGGCCAAUGGGUCCAAGACCAAUGGGUCCUGGACCAAUGGAUAAUAGGCAGAUGGGUCCAGGACCAAUGGGACCAGGGCAAAUGGGUCCAAGACCAAUGGGACCACGGCAAAUGGGUCCAGGACCAAUGGGACCACGGCAAAUGGGUCCAGGACCAAUGGGACCACGGCAAAUGGGUCCAGGCCCAAUGGGGCCUGGGGGGCCAGGAAUGAGACCAAUGGGGCCAGGGCCUCGGGGUGCCCCUCCACCCCCACCACCAAGGUUUCCUGUAGGUCCACAACCAGACAGUUCUAACGAUGAAUUUAAGAAGAAAAACCCUCCGUCACAGAAAAAACGUCAACUAAUGAAAAAGCGGAGAGAAGAACUAGAAUCUAAACUUCAGCACUUGCAGCAACUUGCUAAUAAGCAAAAAUCAGCAAAAGAAGAAGAGGAGAAGAAAAAGGCCCGAGAUGAAUUGGCAAUGCUUGGAAUUGAUGAAGAUGAUUUGGCAGCACAAAAGCUAAAUUAAAUUUUGUUAGUGUACGAUCAAUGCAUUUUGUGUCUUGCAUAGCUGAACUUUGAAUGCUUUGUCAGUUCCUAAAGGUUGUAUAAGUACCCCUUUAUACAUCUGACUAACUGUAUUUUUACAGUUUCUUUGUAAUAAUGCCGUUUAAUAUUUUACGUAAAUAUUGUUUAUGGUUUUAUCCUGUAAUCUUUUGUGAAUAAUUCAUUUAGCCUUAUAGGUUCUUUGUUAGAUUAACCCCUGAAAGUGGCUUUAGUUUUGAACUGCCCCCAGUAUCGUGUAUAUGUCUGUAAAAUCUGAUUUAGGUUAGUCUUAGAAUCUUAUUAUCUUUAUUAAUAAAACAAAAUAAAAUUC